AUGUCGUACUCUCUUCAAAUACUGAUAGUUUGUUCAUUUCUUUUUGAGAUUCAUGCUAAAAAACUACCUAAUAUUGUCCUUUUUGUAACUGAUGACCAAGAUAUUGUUCUUAAUGGCAUGGCUCCUAUGACAAAAACAAACAAAUUAAUAAAGAAUGAAGGAAUUGAUUUUACAAAUGCUUUUACCACCACACCUAUAUGUUGCCCUAGUAGAUCUACUUUAUUAACUGGUUUAUAUCAACAUAACCAUAAUGUUUUCAAUAAUUCCAUUGAAGGUGGAUGUUCGAGUAUAGAAUGGCAAAAAUCCCAUGAAAAAAGAACUUUUGCUGUAUAUUUAAAAGAAAAUGGAUAUAAAACAUUUUAUGCUGGAAAAUACUUAAAUCAGUAUGGAAACAAAAAUGCUGGUGGAGCCAGCCAUGUUCCGCCUGGUUGGGAUUCUUGGAUUGGUUUAAUUGGCAACUCAAAAUAUUUUAAUUAUACUUUGUCAAUAAAUGGGAAAAAGAAAUAUUUUUCAAAUAAUUAUUUAACCCGUAUAAUUCAAUCUUAUGCUUAUAGUUUUGUCAAAAAUCAAGAAAAUUCUUCACAUCCUUUUUUGAUGGUGAUUGCUCCUCCAGCCCCACACCAUCCAUUCACACCAGAGGCAAAGUAUGCAGGAUUCUUUGAAGGAAUAAGAGUGCCAAGAAAUAUUCAAUUCAAUUUUGAAAAUAACACAAAUAAACAUUGGUUACUUCAGAUGAAACCUUCACCGUUACCCAUGCAUACAAUAAGUGUUUUGGAUGAAAUGUAUGCAAGGCGAUGGGAAACAUUAUUAUCUGUUGAUAAUUUAGUUGAAUCAGUUGUAAAACAGUUAGAUAUUAUUAAAGAAUUGGAUAAUACGUAUAUCUUAUAUACCUCAGACAAUGCUUUCCAUCUUGGCCAAUUCUCGCUACCUUGGGACAAAAGACAAUUAUACGAAUUUGAUAUACGUGUGCCUUUAUUAGUUUGUGGACCUGGGAUACCAAAAAAUGUGUCUGUCCCUGAUCCAGUGAUCCUUGCUGAUAUAGCUCCAACAUUACUUCAUAUUGGUGGAAUUAACGAUGUUAUUUUGGAUGGAAAAUCUUUUUUACCAAUCAGAAAAAAAAUCAAUAGAUAUUUUAUGAUAGAAUAUCAUGGAGAAGGUACUCUGGAUAAACAUUCAGAGUGCAAGAUAGAUGAUGAAAAUGUAUAUGAAUGUUCUAAACUAGCUGAUUGUAAAUGCCAAGAUGCGAAAAAUAAUACUUACUCUUGUGUAAGAGUAUUAACUGCAAAGAGCAAUUUUAUUUACUGCCAGUUCUUUGAUGACAAAGGUUUUGAAGAAAUUUACAAUAUAAAAGAAGAUCAAUACCAACUUCAUAAUCUUAGAAAUGAAAUUAGUAGAAUAUGCAGGAAGAAAAUGCAGUUACUUCUCAAAGAUUUACAGUCUUGUAAAACAGAAAGUUGUCAUAGAGUACUAAAGGAUGACUUCAAUGGUUGCUUUUAA